AUGUGGAUUUGGGGACAAUCUGAGGACAAUGGGGGGUGGCUCUGGGGACACCCUGGGGACACCCUGGGGACACCUCGGGGACACCGGGAGGGGGUGGCCUUGGGGACACCCCGGGGACACCCCGAGGACACCCCGGGGACACCUCAGGGACACCCCGGGGCCGCCUCUCCCGGGCAGGACGUGCUGUCCCUGCUGGUGUCCCCCGGCUCGGCGGUGCCCACGGGGGUCCUGGUGCCCGCGCCGGGCCCCCCCCUGGCCGCGCUGGCGGCGGGGCUGGCGGGGGCCGUGCCCGUCCCGUACCCCCUGGAUGAGGCCCGGGAAGGGGCCCCGGACGUGGCCGCGAUCCGCCGGGAGCUGCGGGACGCGCGGGGCCGCUGCACCCCCAAAGUGCUCUGGGUCGGCAACCCCGGGCACCCCACGGGCCCCGCUCUCAGCCUCCCUUCCAUGCUGGCCCUGCUGUCUCUGGCGUUCGAGGAGUCGCUGCUGCUGCUGGCGGACGAGGUGGGGCAGCCCCAGUGCCCCCAGUGCCCCCAGUGCCCCCA